AUGGCUACCUUUCCUAUCUUAUCUCCCUGUCUAUCCAAUUUUACGUGUACGCUUUCUUGCAUGUACAAAUACUCUCUCUAUAAAUUCUUUCUCAACAUCACCUUGCCUUCACGGAACUCUCCCUUCACAACUUGAUAUCAUAAAUAUUUAGCUUUGUUUUUGAUGGGUUCACUUGAACAGCAAACCAUUUUAGUCACCGGAGGCGCCGGUUUCAUUGGCUCUCACACUGCGCUUCAGCUUCUUCAACAAGGGUUUAAGGUUCAUGUCAUUGAUAAUCUUGAUAAUUCUGUAAAAGAGGCUCUUGAUCGAGUUCGAGAGCUGGUGGGUCAGGAGCUUUCCAAUAAUCUUUACUUUCACUUGGGGGAUAUUCGGAAUAAGGAUGAUUUGGAGAAGUUGUUUUCUACGACCAAGUUUGCUGCUGUAAUUCAUUUUGCUGGCCUUAAAGCUGUUGGUGAGAGUGUUGCUCAUCCAUUUCGGUAUUUUGACAAUAAUUUGAUUGGAUCAAUUACUUUGUAUCAAACAAUGGCCAAGUAUAACUGUAAGAAGUUGGUUUUCUCUUCAUCUGCAACUGUAUAUGGGCAACCUGAAAAAAUCCCUUGUGUCGAGGAUUUUGAGCUGAAAGCUAUGAAUCCAUAUGGGCGCACUAAGCUAUUCCUUGAAGAAAUUGCACGGGAUAUUCAAAAGGCAGAUUCAGACUGGCAAAUCAUUUUAUUAAGAUAUUUCAAUCCUGUCGGGGCUCAUGAGAGUGGUAAACUCGGUGAAGAUCCCAAAGGCAUUCCUAACAAUCUUCUGCCUUAUAUACAACAAGUUGCUGUCGGAAGAUUAAGUGAGUUAAAUGUAUAUGGUCAUGAUUAUCCAACACCAGAUGGUACUGCGAUUCGUGACUAUAUCCAUGUUAUGGACCUAGCAGAUGGUCAUGUUGCUGCACUCAGAAAGCUUUUCUCGACAGAUAAUAUAGGUUGUAUUGCCUACAACCUAGGGACUGGUUGUGGCAGAUCUGUGCUAGAAAUGGUGGCUGCAUUUGAGAAAGCAUCUGGAAAGAAAAUCCCUCUGAAACUAUGUCCGAGAAGGCCUGGAGAUGCCACGGCUGUGUAUGCAUCAACAGAAAAGGCUGAGAAAGAGCUCAAUUGGAAGGCCAAGUAUGGCGUGGACGAGAUGUGUAGGGACCAGUGGAAAUGGGCAAGCCAGAAUCCAUAUGGCUAUCAUUCCAAGCAUUAGUUGCAUACACUAUUUAGAUUGACAGCAGUUUUUCAAAUAAUGAAAUAGUUGGAUACCAAAUGGUUACCAAGUUCCCUAGCUAUCCUUUAUAACCACCAAUAUGAUGUCAGUAUUGCCUGUAUGUUGAAAUAGGAAUCUUGUUUAUUCCUAAAUGUGUCAUUGUAUGGAUUUUCAUGUUUCAGUGGAAUAACUCAACUACUGAAGUAGUCUGGUUUGUGUCUCAGUUCCAUUGAGAAAUCUAUAUGAGACAACAGUGCUUCCACUGGGAUGAUUGCAAUAAAAUUAUAAGUAUAUAAUAAAAAUGCUAAGAGUUGAAUCA